GCAAUCUCAAGCUGUUUGCGAGCCUCCAUUCAAACCAGAGAAGGAGAACACUUCCGGCGCACGUUACAGGCGCAAUGCAGAGUCUUUUAGUCAAUAUUGUGUCUGAUUUGAGUGAAAGAUAAACCGAGUUAACUGAUCUGUGGACUAUCUAUUAAGGCUCAGCGGGUUCGCUGUAACUGAAGCCAGACAUGGAUAUCCCCAACCCGCCUGAAGAUCAAGAACUGAGGAAUGUCAUCGACAAGCUGGCCCAGUUUGUCGCCCGGAACGGGCCCGAGUUUGAGAAGAUGACAAUGGAGAAGCAGAAGGACAACCCUAAGUUCUCCUUCCUCUUUGGGGGAGAAUACUUCAGCUACUACAAGUGCAAGCUUGCUAUGGAGCAACAGCAGCAUCCCUCUAGCCUGGACGGGGAGGAGUAUACAUCUGAAGGUAUUUUUGCAGAAAUGUACAACCCGGGCUCCACAGACGUGGUUGAUAUCCCUCCUCCACAGAUGUCGAUGAUCGCUCCGCCUACGAUUCCUCCGCCUGCUGCGCCUUCUAUGGAGGAGCUCGUCCAACAGAGCCAAUGGAAUCUGCAGCAGCAGGAGCAGCACAUGCACACACUAAGACAGGAACAAGUGACCGCAGCCAUAGCUCUGGCUAUGGAGCAGCAGACCCAAAAACUGCUGCUCGAAACUCAGCUGGACGUAACAGAGUUUGACAACCUGCUGCAGCCCAUAAUAGACACCUGCACCAAAGACGCCAUCUCUGCCGGUAAGAACUGGAUGUUCAACAACGCCAAGAGUCCACCGCAUUGUGAGCUGAUGACAUCACAUCUUCGCAACCGCAUCACUGUUGAUGGAGCGCAUUUCGAGCUCCGCCUACAUCUCAUCUAUUUAACCAACGACGUUCUCCAUCACUGCCAGCGGAAGCAGCAGAAGGAUUUGUUGGCAGCGCUGCAGAAAGUGGUGGUUCCCAUCUACUGCACCAGCUUCCUGGCUGUAGAGGAGGAGAAGCAGCAGAAGAUCACCAGGUUGUUGCAGCUGUGGGAGAAGAACGGCUACUUUGAUGAAGAGACCAUUCAGCAGCUCCAGAAUCCGGCCCUGGGCCUCGGCCAGUACCAAGCAUCUCUGAUAACAGAGUACGCUGCGGCAGUGCAGCCCAUCCAGCUGGCCUUCCAGCAGCAGAUCCAGGCUCUGAACACCCAGCACGAAGAGUUUGUCGCCAGCCUGAAGCAGCAGCCGCAGUCUGCCACCGUAGCACAGCUAGCUACCCCCGCUGAGCCCGACAAGGCCCCACCGAUGACCACAAAAGCUGGGGAUGUGAAGCCUCCCAUGUCAGGUCUUCCUCCAGGGGAGUUUGAGGGAGCUUCAUCCAGGCCACAGGACCCCAGCAACCCCAGCGGACCCUCAGAUCUCCCCUCGAACAAGCCUGGGUGGUAUGACCCCCAGCACAUAGGCCCCUGGAACCCCAACCAACCGCCUCCUUUUGACCCAAACCAGCCUCCUCCCCCCUGCCCUCCCUGGAACAGCCAUGAGGGGAUGUGGAAUGACCAGAGGGACCCCGGCAACUGGAGCGGAGGUCCACCCAGAGAAGGAGGCCCCUGGAGCGGUCCAGGUGGGUCUGACCCAGGCCCUCCAUCUUGGAACUCAUAUGACCAGCAGCCGCCAUGGGGGAACCAGCCUGACCAGCCUCCGUGGGGCCAGAGGGAGCCCCCGUUCCCUCCACGCAUGCAGAGACCUCCCCAUUUCAGAGGGCCUUUCCCUCCCCACCAGCAGCCACCUCCCUUCAACCAGCCCCCACCACCACCACACAGCUUUGGACGCUUCCCACCACGCUUUAUGCAGGACGACUUUCCUCCCAGACACCACUAUGACAGGCCGCCGUACACCCCACACCGGUUUGAUUACGCUCAGGGAGAGUAUCCCGGAGGUGAUUUCACAGAGGCACAAAACAUACCAGGUCCUCCUCCCCACCACCAUCCCAAUCAGAGGCUCCCUCCCCCGGGCAUGGGGGCCGAACAUCCUCCCUGGGGCGGUGGAUGCGAGCACCCGGAUUUUGGUGGCCCGCCCCCACACGGCUUCAACGGCCAUUCACCCCACAUGCGUCAUCGGCAGCAUCCAGUUCAAGACGACCCCAGUCUGGUGCCUAACGUCCCCUACUUUGACCUGCCAGCUGGUCUCAUGGCUCCGCUGGUCAAACUCGAGGACUGCGAUUAUAAACCUCUGGACCCUAAAGACAUCCGACUGCCCCCUCCCAUGCCACCUAGUGACCGCCUGCUCGCUGCUGUGGAAGCUUUCUACAGCCCUCCAUCCCAUGAUCGGCCCAGGAACAGUGAAGGCUGGGAGCAGAACGGCCUGUAUGAGUUCUUCAGGGCCAAGAUGAGAGCCAGGAGGAAAAAGGGACAGGAGAAACGCAACAGCGGUCGUGGAGGCAGUCGCUCCAGGAGUCACUCUCGCAGCAGAGGGAGAUCUUCAUCUCGCUCCAGCUCUCGCUCCUCAAAGUCCUCCAGGUCACGGUCCCGCUCAUCUCGCUCCCACUCCCGCAGCCGCUCCCGCUCCUACUCAAGAUCCAGGUCCAGGAGUAGAUCCAGGUCAUCUCGGAGUCACUCUCGCUCCAGAUCCAGAUCCCGUUCACGUUCACCCGGGAAGAGACGCCGUGGCGCCAAAUCCCAGAGCUCCUCUCCUCCCUCCACAUCAGUGUUGGGAGCUGCCACUCCCUCCAAACCGUGUACAGAUCUCAGGCUAGGGGAGGAGAACAAGGGCCACCAGCUGCUGAUGAAGAUGGGCUGGAGCGGUUCAGGCGGUUUGGGGGCCAAAGAACAGGGCAUCCAGGAUCCAAUCAAAGGAGGAGACAUCAGGGAUAAGUGGGACCAGUAUAAAGGCGUGGGGGUGUCACUGGACGACCCUUACGAGAACUAUCGCAGGAACAAGAGCUACAACUUCGUUGCCCGUAUGAAGGCACGGGAGGAAGUCAAUCGGGAGCCUCCGGAGCCGCCUGCAACUGAGUGAUGUCAUCAAAUAGCGUCAAACAACUCCUCAUCUUCCCCCGUCGUCACCACCUCCACCGAGGAUCUCAAUUUCACUUUCAGUUUCCAAUCCAGGAUUGUAGUCAGCCAUCCCAGUUCCCUCCUCUUUCUCCUCAGAAACCAGAGUGACGAUACAAAGAAUCAGCAAAGGAGGGCGGAGCCUUUUUGCUCUCUGCUCGAUCAAGAGCUUGGAUUAACCUGGCCAAGCAGAAUGAUGGAACAGUCAGCACUGACAGCAGUAACACUGCAGAACUCAACGAGUCUUUGCAGGGACACUGGAACUACUUCUAAUGAAGAAGACUCUAUUUCACUCCCGAUAUUUUCAUUUCAUAUAUUUCAUUUUAUCUGUCUCUAAACAGAGUGUCCGACCUCCUACAGUGUGUAGGCUGAUACCAGAGGGCUGAUACCAGAGGGCCGACUCAGACGGUGCCUCCACAUUUAAAAGAGCUGGGACACAAAUGGUUAAACUCUGAGAGUAGAAGGAAGUGAAAUACUCUGGAUAUCAAGGCAGUGCUCUUCAGUUUAUACAUACAUACCAAUCAUUUAAAUUUGGCUUUUACACUCUUGUUUUCAAGUUGCCCAAAUCAGAAAAAUCACAUUUGUGUAGAAUUUUGAAAAAACAUUCAAAAAAGUAUUUUUGAAAAAUGUCCUUUUGAAAGAACACAACAGCCGUGUUUUUCUUCUUUACUAAUCAACAGAUCUCACUAUGGAAGUAAUUUCUGCUGAAUAAUUAGUGGGUUUAGUUUGUCAUGGAUCUCUGGAUGCCUCAAAACUACCACAGAUAGACUGAACACAUUGUUUUCUUCUCCACAAACACACUGUAGAUAUAUAGAACCUAAAUAAACACAACUCUGACUCACAAA